UGCUAUAAAAUGCCCCAGGGCUUUAGGGCCUGAAGCCCAGAGCACAGUUGCUCACAAAGCACGAGCCACGGCAUUAUCUGCACGUGCUGUGGUGCAGAACUUUGUGUGGGAAGAGGCCCCUUGAAAGGCUGGCGAGGCGUAAAAAUAGAAACCCACAUAUCAAACGGGUCAGGUGCCAGAUCACAGAACAACAAACCAUGAAUGACAUUGUACAGAAGACUGAGAUUCUGCUUUCUUCAUCUAAACCUGUCCAAAAAUCCUAUGUGCCCAAACUUCACAAGGGUGAUGUAAAGGAUAAAUUUGAAGCUAUGCAGAAAGCAAGGGAAGAAAGAAAUCAAAGGAGGUCUAGAGAUGAAAAGCAAAGAAGAAAAGAACAGUAUGUUAGAGAGAGAGAAUGGAACAGGAGAAAGCAGGAGAUGAAAGAACUACUUGCUUCUGAUGAAGAAGAAGAAACAAAGUCUUCUAAAAUAGAAAAAGCUUAUGUUCCAAAGCUGACAGGAACUGUUAAAGGCAAGUUUGCAGAAAUGGAGAAGCAGAGACAAGAAGAAGAAAGAAAAAGAAUGGAGGAGGAAAGAAAGCGCAGAAUUGAACAAGAUAUGAUUGAGAAAAAGAAAAUUCAGAGAGAACUGGCAAAAAAAGCCCAGGAGAUUGAUGACAUAAACAAUACAGGAACUGAAUCAGAAGCAGAGGAAGGUGAUGAUUCGCUGCUGGUGACAGUAGUGCCUGUCAAACCUAACAAAACACCUGGAAAGAUUAAAAUAAAUUUUGAAGAGCCAGGAACUGAGAGAGAACAACAAGAAAAAAGAAAGCAAGAAGAAAAGAGGAUAAGAUAUGAGGAACAAAAACGAUCCCUCAAGGAAGCCAAGUGUCUUUCAUUUGUCAUGGAUGAAGAUGAAGGCAGUGAAACGAAUGAACCUCUUUCUCCUGGGAAACUGAAAUUAACAUUUGAAGAACUGGAAAAACAAAGACAAGAAAAUCAAAGAAAGCAAGCAGAGGAGGAAGCAAGACAACGUUUGGAAGAGGAAAAACGUGCUUUUGAAGAAGCUAGACAACAAAUGGUAAACGAAGAGGAAGAAGAUAAAGAAAAUGAAAAUUCUAUUAAAGAAUUCCGUCCUGGUAAACUCAAGCUCAGCUUUGAGGAGUUAGAAAGACAGAGGAGAGAGGAAGAAAAGAGGAAAGCAGAAGAAGAAGCCAGAAGACGCAUAGAAGAGGAGAAAAGGGCAUUUGCUGAAGCAAGGAAGAGUAUGGUACUGGAUGAUGAGACCCCAGAGAUGUUUAAAACAGUUUCUCAAGAAUCUCUUACACCAGGUAAACUGGAAAUUAAUUUUGAGGAGUUACUGAGACAAAAAAUGGAAGAAGGAAAGAGACGCACUGAAGAAGAGCGCAGGCAAAAGUUGGAAAUGGAGAAGCAAGAAUUUGAACAGCUCAGACAAGAAAUGGGAGAGGAGGAGGAAGAGACUGAAACCUUUGAAUUAAGCAGGGAAUAUGAAGAACUAAUAAAGUUAAAAAGAAGUGGUUCUAUUCAGGCAAAGAACUUAAAAAGCAAGUUUGAAAAAAUUGGAAAAUUGUCUGAAGAAGAAAUACAGAAAAAAAUUGAAGAGGAGCGAGCUAGAAGAAGAGCAGUGGACCAGGAAAUAAAAGAGAGGGAAACAGAGAAAUUUCUUGAGGAUGAUGAGAUAGAUGUGAAGCCUGCCAAGAAAUCUGAGGCUCCAUUCACUCAUAAAGUAAACAUGAAGGCUAGAUUUGAGCAAAUGGCAAAGGCAAGGGAAGAGGAAGAACAGAGAAGAAUUGAGGAACAAAAAUUACUACGUAUGCAGUUUGAACAGAAGGAAAUUGAUGCUGCAUUACAGAAGAAAAGGGAAGAGGAGGAGGAGGAAGAGGGAAGUAUUAUAAAUGGUUCUACUUAUGAAGAUGAAGAGAACCAAGCUCGGUCAGGAGCUCCAUGGUUCAAGAAACCCCUAAAGAAUGUAUCAGUUGUAGAUAGUGAGCCAGUAAGAUUUACUGUUAAAAUUACGGGAGAGCCAAAACCUGAAGUCACAUGGUGGUUUGAAGGGGAAAUGUUGCAGGACUCCGAGGACUAUCAGUACAUUGAAAGAGGAGAAACUUACUGCCUUUACUUACCAGAAACUUUCCCAGAAGACGAAGGAGAAUAUAUGUGUAAAGCGGUCAAUAGCAGAGGUACAGCAGCUAGCACCUGUAUUCUCACCAUUGAAAGUAAGAGUUAAUGUUUUAUCCUGUUUUGUUUGAGUGCCAAAUUACUUUAUACCCCUUUCCUGUUACAAAGUCUAUUCUAUUUUUCUUGACUCUCCUUUUCUUUUCUAGCUGAUGACUACUAAUGCUCCACUUUUGCUGGAAACUUCCUCUCAACUUUCUUACUGCAUCCAUCUCUUUUUCUGUGGUGGGGCCAAUAAAAGGAAACUAGAAAGUGUCAUUCCUAUAUCAGAUAGGGAUAUCCUUUGUACUGCAUGAGUGUUACAAUGUGAAAUUUGGUAUCAGAGGCGUGUUACACUAGAACAAGGACUGGUAUGAAAAAGCCCAACUAUAGAAAAAAAUUGAAUUUUACUUGUGUUCCUACCUUUAAAGACCAAUUAUUCUGUAGUAUAACCGUUAAAUACACAAUCUGGAAGUUUGAGAGUUAGGAAUACAUUCUGCAUGAGCACUAAGUUUUUAGCUGCUUUAUUUUGUCGCAGACUUAACAGGCAAAAGUGAAUGUUUCUGGAAUAAAAGUAAUGUACUAUUUUUAAACAAUAAAAGGUUAUGUAAUGGU